AUGGCGUCCGAGGAUCCCCUGCCAGGCCUGACCGCAGUCGAAAACCCAGACGCAGAGAGCCAGGAAACGCAGGAGUCCGAAUCAGCUUCUCCACCAUCUCACGAGCCCAAAAUUCGCUGUCGUCCAGCCCUCUAUGGAAGUAACGAUGAGUCGCUCAACACCUUUUGUUUUGCAUUUCUCGCAGAAGGUGCCGCGAACGCAGUCUUUCAGGUGAUCCCGAAUCCGGGCGAGGGCAAGGAAAGCUUCGUCUUCGAGGAUGAGAAGGGCAAGAUAUUGGGAAAGGAAAGCCUUGGUCGGAAGGUCUUACGCCUCAGCAAAGGGAAACCUAAGACGCUAAGAUACAAGGAGAUCAUGGAGGGCUUUGAGAACGAGGUCAUACCAUUGUUUCGCAAAACUGAGGCACCGCUAGACCAAGUCUCAGGUCUCAGAAACGCUCUGAACCUUUCGAUCAACGAGUCUUUUGAAGAGUUCGUCAUGGAACACGAGGGUGUCGCAAUAGCACCCGAAGCCUUGACCGCGCUGAUUGCUGAGUUGCACACACACUGUCCUGACAAUAGGCAUAUCGAGCCGCACCACCUGGAAGAGAGGGGCAUCUUGCUUCCCGACAUGUCUUCGGUUCCUGGAUCAGUCACCACGAUCGAGAUCAAGCCCAAAUGGCUACUCCAGUCACCGAACGCGCCACGAGGCGCAUAUCUAUGCCGCACAUGCGCGCUCCAUGCCUCACGAAAAGCUGAGAAGACUUACAAAGGAGCUUGGAUCUGCCCGCUCGCACUCGUAGCCGGCAGCACUGCCGCAAUUGAUCCAUAUGUCCGUCACAGCUCCCUUCUUGCACUGAAGGAGGAGGCCCGCAAAGGCCCACAGAAGCGAAUCAUGGGCCCAGAUCCAGCCCACAUAGAAGCCAUCACCAACCGCGCAGUCCCCUACCUCUCCACCGGCCCAGGCCACAAAAUCCUCCAACACAUCCGCCAUCUCCAAGCGCAGCUCGACCAAAAGGGCGUCCUUGUACACAGUUCCUCGCCCGAAGACGACUACCGCCUUCGCCUCGCCAUGACGCUGAGGGACUGCUCCCUGUUCAUCCGCAUUCCCUGGGCGGACCAGACCGCGCCGAUAGAAGCUAAACUCGGGGACCUGGAUUUCAAGUCUGCCGGUAAGAUGGGCGAUUGGACGGAGAAAGAAGAGGGGUUGUUGCAUGGGGGGUGGUAUGUGGAUUUGGAGAGUGAGAUGGAGGAGUGCUGGAUUGCGCAAGGGUGGAAAAGGCAUGUGCCGCAUUACUUUUGA